CUCAUCCACCAUCACCAUUCAAUAAGAAAAUGGGAUUAUUUUAUUCCACUCCAACUCCAGCUCGUUCUACUCCAGAAUUCCAGAGGCCUUGGAGAUCAGAAGAGUGGAGAAGAAAAGAUGAACUACUGACUUAUGUGAAAGAUUUCAAUCCCAGCUCUGAGGUCCUCAGGAUUUUGUUGUAUGGACCAGUUGGUUCUGGGAAAUCAUCCUUCAUCAACUCGGUCCAGAGGCUCCUCUUAGGCCGUAAUGUCAUAGGUUCUCUGGAAAGCUCUGCACUUACAGGAACAAGCUUCACAAAAAGAUUGAACAUUCACAAGCUGAAGAAGGGCAGAGGUGAGUGUUAUCCUCUGGAGAUUGUUGACAUCAUGGGGAUUGAAUCAUCAGGAGGGAUAAAACCUGAAGACAUCAAGAAGGCGUUCAAGGGACACAUUUUAGAUAGGUACACAUUUAAUCCUGUGGCAGCCAUAACUAAUGACAAUCCAAAAUACAAAAAGGAGCCAGCUUUUAGUGAUAAAGUUCACUGUGUGGUCUGUAUUCUGCCUGCGGACUCGGUUUCAAGAAUGGAUGAAGACAUCUUUAAAAAACUGAAGGAUGUCAGAGAACAUGCUAACCAACUGGAAAUCCCUCAGGUUAUUGUCAUGACAAAGGUGGAUAAAGCGUGUGAGCUGGUUAAAGAGGAUUUAAAGAAAAUCUACUACAGCAAGAAGAUCAAAGAGAAGGUAGCGGAGUGCAGUAAUAAUGUGGGCGUCCCACUAAAUGCCAUCUACCCUGUAAAGAACUACGCUGAAUCCAUCACCCAAGAUCCAGACACUGACGUGCUCAUCCUCACGGCACUGAGAGAUAUUCUAAAUUUUGCCAAUGACUAUGUGGAACGAGAGAUGGAGAAAGAAAAGUCAUGAGAGAUACAGUAUAUAUGUGUUUGCUGUAUUUUAUUAUUUUUUAAAGGGUCUUAUGGUACAAAUGAAUGUUUAUAAGUAACGUAACAUUCCAUGAAUUAUCUUAUAAUGAUUUAUUUUUUACCACUAAUUAAUCUAUACCUAAAGAGGGUGAUGCAGCAGCACUUUAGCCUUUUUGUUUAUCCAGCUCUCUUACCUCCUCAACUGGAAACACUGCUCCAACAAAUCAGCUUCCAAAAGCUUCACCUUUCAAAGUCGUUGUUUAACUGCUAAUAUAUGAGGGAAAUAUGAUAUUAUGAAGUAAAAUAUAUCAGCUAAUGAACUCAAUCAGCUGUUAAUAGCCUUAAAAGACAGAUUUAGCAGUGGACUGGAAGGUGUGUGGUACACUAAUUCUUUUGAGGACAGAAUACAUCCAGCUCUGAUUCAUUAUCACAAGCUGUUACACAAAGAGCUACAAGCAUUACAAAAAAGCCUGGUGUGUGUACGAGGAAAUUUAUAGCAAAACACUGAGACAUGAGCGCCAUGCUACCUUGUGGUAAAGGAAUUGUCACUACAACUGGAGCUUUGCCAACAUAAAAACAAGGUUUUUUCAUUUUCACUUGGUUUAUGUUUUUUGGUUUAUGAUGGUCUUAAAUAAUCUUGUAUCUCAAAGCAAUUGUAGUUAAACCAUAAAUAAUGAUCAAAUAAUUAA